AUGGGUUGCCUUAAUACUUCCGUUUUUAUUCUCUCAACUAUCAUUGUUGCUUUGAUAACCAAUUCGUCCCAGGCUCGGAAUACACUAUUGAAUGGUUCUGAUUCAUCUUCAACUGGUACUCUUCGUGCUGAAAAAAAUGAAACCGGUGCUGACACUACCAUAAGGUCUACGUAUUAUUCCGGAAAUUUUAUUGUCGUCGCUUCUUCUUCUUCUGACUCUGAAACCCCUACUGCAAGUGAAAUUCCUACCACUGUUAGAUCUAAUAUCAGUACCAGUAAAGCAAGUUCCACUAAUGGUUCUGGUUCUGGUAAAGCUCCAUCUCCUACUACUGCUAAAACAACUACAAGUAGUAAGACAACAUCUUCUAAAAAAGUUGUCCAACAUGACGAAUUGCCCCCCGUGAAAAAUGAAUUGUCAGUGACUUUGCGAUUGAAUCUUCAGAGUCACAAUCCAAAUUGGAUUUCUAUCUUUCAUAAAGGCAUAAAAGACACGAGCCGUACUCCAGGUCUUUGGUUAACACCGGAAAACUCACGACCAUAUGCUAGAUUUUCGACGAAUGAUAAUACGGAUUAUGGACUUGAUGCAAUCGGCACUGGGCUUGUUCUAAAUAAAUGGUACCAUAUGGGCUACACACUUUCGGAACCUCAUAAACGUUUGGAUUUCUACUUAAACGGAAAAUGGGUUGGAUUCAAAAGCAUUGAUAAUGUUCAGACGCAACACACUGUGUUUAACGAAGACCCGUUGAGCAUCGGUAAUUCUCCUACACACCCUGCACACGUAGAUUUUAAGGGACAAAUGAGCAACUUUCGUUAUUAUAAUUGGCGUUUAUCUGCUGAUGAAAUUGCGAAAGAUUUUUCCUUAAGAAAAGAAAUGUUUGGAGAAUGGGGUGAUAUAUUGUACAAUAUUAAAAAAGAAGAUGGAAUAGCUGGAGGAACCAGUAAGACACUAUUGGUUUCAUUAUGGGGUGCAUUAUGUGAGCAAAGGAAUGGGAGCACAUCAACAAAUAAAACCUUUUUAUUAGCAUCAUUAUGUAAAAUAAUCUCGGAAAUUGUAAAACCGUUAAAAGAUCAGGUAACUGGACAAUUAAAUCUCAAAACAGGUAUAGAAAUGGAAGAGUUAAAACUUGAGAAACGAGGAAUUUGUAUGAUAAAAAAUUGUACAACAGUUACUUGGAAACCACCAUAUCCUUAA